AUGUCCCCGCGGGCGCUGGAGCUGGCGCUGCUGCUGGCGCUGGCGGAGCUGGUUCUGGCCCUGGGGCCGGCCGGGGAGGGGGAAGCCGCCGUCGGGGCCGCCCCUCCGGGACCCGCUGCUUUCCACCGCGCCGCCAAGGCGUCGUGGCGGCUGCCCGGGCGCUACGUGGUGAUGCUGCGGGCGGGCGGCGAGGCCGAGCUGCGGGACACGGUCCGGCGGCUGCAGGCCCGGGCGGCUCGGCGGGGACACCGGGCCGAGCUGCUGCACCUCUUCCAGCUCCUGCCCGCCUUCCUGGUGAGGAUGAGCAGCGACAUCCUGGACACGGCGCUGGAGCUGCCGCACGUGAAGUACAUUGAGGAGGAUGCCUACGUCUUCGCCCAGAGCAUUCCCUGGAACCUGGGCAGAAUCGUGGCGCCACAGCCCAGCUCAGGAGCCUACAGCCCUCCCAACAAAGGUGACCUGGUCGAGAUUUUCCUGCUGGACACCAGCGUGCAGAGCAGCCACCGGGAGAUCGAGGGCAAGGUGACUGUGACUGGCUUCGAGAGCAUCCCCGAGGAGGAUGGCACCCACUUCCACAGGCAGGCCAGCAAGUGUGACAGCCACGGGACCCACGUGGCCGGGGUGCUGAGCGGGCGCGACGCCGGCGUGGCCACGGGCGCCAACAUCCGCAGCCUCCGGGUGCUGAACUGCCAGGGCAAGGGCACCGUCAGCGGGACCCUCAUGGCGCUGGAGUCCAUCAGCAGGGCGCUGCGGGCUCGGCCGAAGGCGCCGCCCGUGGUGCUGCUGGCCCUGGCCGGCGGCCGCAGCCCCGCGCUGAACGCGGGCUGCCGGAGCACGGCAGCGAUGGGCGCCGUGGUGGUGGCGGCUGCCGGCAACUACAAGGACGAUGCGUGCCUCUACUCGCCUGCGUCCGAGCCGGAGGUCAUCACGGUGGGUGCCACCGACAGCGAGGACCGCCCCGCCUCCAUCGGCACCCUGGGCACCAACUUUGGCCGCUGCGUGGACCUGUUUGCCCCGGGGGACGACAUCGUCGGCGCCUCCAGCGACUGCAGCACGUGUUUCACGGCGCGGAGCGGGACCUCGCAGGCGGCCGCGCAUGUGGCAGGCAUCGCUGCCGUGCUGCUCAGCGCCGAGCCCCAGCUGAGCCUGGCCGAGCUCCGGCAGCGCCUCCUGCUCUUCUCCACCAAGAACGCCAUGGACACGGCGUGGAUCCCGGCGGAGCAGCGCCUGCAGACACCCAACAGCGUGGCUGGGCUGCCCACGCGGCUGCGAGCAGAGGAGCAGCUGCUGUGCCGCUCGGUGUGGUCGGCGCGCUCGGGGCUCGCCCGGCGUCCCACGGCCGUGGCUCGCUGCUCCAGCACCGAGGAGAUGCUCAGCUGCUCCAGCUUCUCCCGCAGCGGCAGCCGGCUGGGGGAGCACAUGGAGGACAAGGACGGGCAGAAGCAGUGCGUGGCACACGGCGCUUUCCGCGGCCAGGGGGUUUAUGCCAUCGCCAGGUGCUGCACAUGGCCCAGGGCUGAAUGCCGGAUCAGUGCCAGCUCCCCGGCGGCCGAGGGGGCCGAGUGCUCGCCAGGAGAACACGUGCUGACUGGGUGCAGUUUCCAGUCCCCAUCCGUGGCGCUGGGUGCCGGUGGCAGGCCCGUGGUGGGGCAGGGGAGGGGGCCCAGCCGCUGUGCCAGCAGGACAGGGGUGAUGGCACACGCCGUGUGCUGCCCCACUGCCAGCCUCGAGUGCCAGCUGAGGGAGCACACGGCCCUGGAGCCCGAGGAGAAGGUGACAGUGUCCUGUGAGGAUGGCUGGACGCUGACGGGCUGUCACGCCCUGUCCCAGCGCCCUGGCUCCAUGGGAUCCUACGCCCUGCACAAUUCCUGCGUGGCAGCCGCCGCUCCCGGAGGCAGCUCGGCCGCGGCCGUCGCCGUUUGCUGCCGGAGCCGGCCGUAGGGACAGGCUGAGCUGCAGAGGUUCCUGGGGCUUUGCUGCCCUGCCUCGGUGUCUUUGCAGGGUUUCCAGAACAAUCCAAGCAUCCCCCAUGCAGCUGGUGACCUCCACACUUGGGCUGCCGUGCUGGUGGGGAUGAAUUUGUCUCCCUCUGCAGAGCUCUCCAAGCAUCCCCCAUGCAGCUGGAGCCCUGUCCCAUCACUGGAGCCAUCCCAGAAUCCUUUCCCUGCCAUGCACUGGCUCUUCCUAUGAACACCUUGACAGAACAAGUCACGGUGUUGUCACCAAACACAGGAAAAAUCCACCACCUUUUUAACGAUAAAAGUAUUGUGAGAAUUGUUCCUUCAUUUCCUGGUUAGUUGCUCAUUAGUUGUCAGCUAAUGCUGUGUAGCACCUGGAAAAUCUUAGAUUAGCCAUUUUUAGGCAGUUCCAUAAUUGCCUAAUGGUAUUCCUAGGAGACUUCUUUACUUUUGAGUCAAGUGCAAGGGCUGUAGUUUAAACAGCCUGCUUGGUUAAUUAGAUUUUUAUCUGCAUUGCUACAGUCAGCUACUGCUUCAUUAGUGCUUUUUUUGUUGUUAAGUCAAAGUUAAUGAUCUGCUGGUGUUAUGUGUUAACAGUUUCAGGUCUUCUCAGGACACAUAGAACUGUAGGAGGCUGUAAUUCCUUUAAAAAAAUCCCCAGAAUGAAGAAAAAGCUUUCAUAGCACCUUAGUUUUUACAUUUGUACCGUAAAUAUUUAUUUGGAGUUUUAUAAAUGAACAUUUUAUAAAUGUCUUUUUAAAAUAAAAUUCAUAGACCUGUGUUGUCUGGUUUCAUAGACAUCCCCCUGGGGACCUGGUCUGGAAGAGGGAAGGGGGACCCAUCCAGCAGCUCCCCCAAAGAGCUCAGUUUUGUUGGUGAGCAGCCCCACGUUGGAUCUGACCCCUGCCUGGGAUCCAAGGUGCUCCUGGAUGACAGUGGCACCUUUGGAAGUUGGCACAGGCAGCACAGGCAUCCUUGCCCACAGCUGGGCUGUGCUCUGGGACUGUGUUGUCCACACACACAGCACCAGAAGUUUGUUUUAACAACAGUGGUGCAGGGCAAGAGCUUCCAGUUAUGGAAACAAACAUCAUCCAGCUUUGGGAACAUGCCCUUGAGCCUGGGUUGCUGUUGUUCCUUCACUUUGGAAGGGCUGGAGCCCCAGGAAGGAGACAAAAUUUGGCUCAGAGAGAUGCCAACAGCAGGGAGAGGCUGAGAAGCACCAGGAGCCACCAGAGCUGGUCUCACUAUUCUCAGUGUUUAGCAGCCUCCUGCUACUACAAUAUAUAAUUUUUGUGGUGUUAUCUGAGGAUAGACAAAAAAAAUGCAGUUUGAUACCUCAAGCUCCAGGUUAACCUGUCAGACUUGGCUGGGUUGGGUGUUUUUCCCCAUCCAAAAGUCCCCUGCAGCUCUGUUACUCUGGCUUUAAUUGGCAAGAGAAGACAAACCCAGCACAAAACACCACUUUGAAAGGUUGAAACUAAUUCUACCUUGUUACCUAAAGCUGGCAAAAGCCCAACCCUAAUCCAAACAUGUAAUUACAUAACAUGGACAUAAUUACAGCCCACAAUUUCAUCAGCUGGAACCUGAGUUUUGCACAAAGAGGCAGAAAAGAAAAAGGGAUGUCAGCCUGAGAGCUGCUGGACAGCUCUGACACCGAGGGUGAUUUUUCAGCAGACUCCUUGGGCUGUCACCUCUCAAAACACACAUCAGGAUUUCAGCUCUGCUGCCUCCCCUGUGAGAGGGGAGGAUCAGCACAAGGUGUGAGCAUGUUCCAUGCCUGAUAAGCCAGGCAGAGCUUCCCCAGCUCAGUUCAAGCCUUCAUAAUCUUGGUGGAAGGAAACAAUAUUAAAAGAUUAGCCCUUGCUUUGUGCCUUGCAGGUGGGUAGGUGGAAAAGCUGACAUUCAGGAGAGCAGGGCUAAUCCCAGGGAUGCUGAUCCCAGUCCUGACAGCAGUUUGCAAUGCCCAGUCCAUGCUCCCAGGAGAACAGAGGCUGGAAAAGUGAAAGUCCUUGUCCUUAGAGCAGGGGACAAAGGCAGAGUGGGGAUGGCAGCCCUGGCUGUAGCUCCUGGUUCCCAAAUGAGUGAGAAAUGGAACACCAGCUGCUUGUGCACCUCUCUGCCCUUGCCCCCGUGGGAGGCAGGAUGAAUUCACGCCCAGCUCACCCACAAAUCUCAGAUCUGACACACAAAAUCCGCUCUAAUCCAUCACUGUGAGCGUGGCCAGGGUAAAUCACUGCCCAGGUCAGGGGAAGCUGCACAGAGCUACAGAUGGGACAGUGCCCCAGCACAUGCUGUGGCAAAAGGAGAUACAGCAGGGCAGCUCCUCAGCUGCUUCCAGUGGCUCUGGACAGGAGCCAAAACAGCAAUCAGGGCACCCCUGAGGAGCUCAGCACUGGCAGGGCUG